AUGAGAGAAACGAUGCUGGAGCAUGAAUUAUCUGUGGAUAAAUAUCAGACAACCGCUUCGGGUAAGCACUUGACGUCCAAACCUCGUGGAUGGGAGAACAGAUACCUUCCAAUUCAGAGAAUCAGCCACAAAAACCAGCAGCCGGACACAUUUGCAGUGUCAGACACAGCAUACAGGUCUCUAACAGAAGAAAACAGAGGACAAUGCAUCCUUAUUUCAGGCGAAUCGGGUUCUGGAAAGACGGAGGCAUCAAAGAAAGUACUGCAGUUUAUUGCAGCAACAACUGGCCACAAAGCUCAGGUGGAAACAGUGAAAGACAAACUUCUGCAGUCAAACCCAGUGCUGGAGGCAUUUGGCAACGCCAAGACCAACCGCAAUGAUAACUCGAGUCGCUUCGGCAAAUAUAUGGAUAUUUCGUUUGAUUCUCUGGGUAGCCCAGUGGGAGGAAAUAUCCUUAAUUACUUGCUUGAGAAGUCAAGAGUAAUCCACCAGAAUCCCAGGGAACGAAAUUUCCACAUCUUUUAUCAGCUUCUAGCAGGCGCAGAUGAUGAAAUGCUUACCAAGCUUCAUCUGAAGAGAAAUUUGGACACAUACUUCUACUUCACUCAUGGUAUUGAAGGGCGAGUGAAUACGAUUGAUGACCAUCAGCAAUUUCAGCAAGUAAGGAAGGCUAUGACAGUGAUUGAACUGACAGAACAGGAGCAGGAGGAUAUAUUUGCCAUAGUUGCCAGUGUGUUGCACAUGGGCAACGUUGGCUUCACAGAGGAGGAGGGCAAAGCGCAGAUCCUUAAACCUGAGUGUGUUGAAGCUGUAUCAAAAUUAUUGGGCUGUACAACAAGCAAGUUGGACAGAGCCUUCACGCACAGAACUAUUGACGCCAAAGGCGAUGUGGUGACCUCCCCACUGACCAGAGAGAUGGCAAUCUAUGCACGAGAUGCAUUAGCAAAGGCUGUAUAUGAUCGACUGUUCACGUGGCUUGUGACACGACUAAACACAUCACUACAGCCAAAACAGAGUCAGAAGAAAGAAGUUAUGGGGAUCCUAGACAUCUAUGGCUUUGAAAUAUUUCAGAGAAACAGUUUUGAGCAAUUCUGCAUUAACUUCUGCAAUGAAAAGCUUCAGCAACUUUUCAUUGAACUAACACUCAAGUCAGAACAGGAGGAGUACCAGAAGGAGGGCAUUGAAUGGGAACAUGUUGAAUACUUUAAUAACAAGGUCAUUUGUGACCUGAUUGAGCAGAAGCAUAAGGGAAUAAUAUCCCUCAUGGAUGAGGAAUGUCUCCGACCUGGUGAACCAACUGACAAGAGCUUCCUUGCCAAGAUGAAUGAGAACUUGUCAAGCCACGAUCAUUACAUUAGCCACAGGAAGGCUGGAAAAGAUUUGCAGAAAUCUAUGUCUCGUGAGGAGUUCUGUCUGAAGCAUUAUGCUGGAGAUGUCAUAUACAAUGUAGAUGGUUUCCUAGACAAGAACAAUGACCUUCUCUUCAGGGAUCUGCGUGAAGUCAUGAGUGAAACUACUAAUUCUAUCACAAAAGAAGUGUUCCCAGUAAGUGAUGUGAUGACAAAAAAGCGACCAGACACUGCAGCAACACAGUUCAAGAACAGUCUUAAUCAGCUCAUGGAGAUCCUCAUGAACAAAGAACCAUCCUACAUUCGAUGUAUCAAGCCAAAUGAUGAUCAGAGAUCUGGUAUAUUUGAUGACAGGAUAGUGACUCACCAAGUUAAGUACCUGGGUCUGAUGGAAAACCUGCGUGUACGACGUGCUGGGUUUGCAUACCGACGACCAUACGAAAUGUUCCUACAGCGAUACAAGUGCCUAACUCCCAACACAUGGCCAAAUUAUCAUGGUCCACCAAAGCAAGGUGUCCAGGAUAUAGUCUGCCACUUGGGUUUUGAGAAAGAUGAAUACAGAAUGGGCAAUACUAAGAUCUUCAUUCGAUCACCAAGAACACUUUUUGAUACUGAAGAUGCAUUCCAAGCAAAGAAACAUUAUAUUGCCACAAUUAUUCAGAAGAUUUGGAAAGGUCGUCUGCAGCGACUGCGAUACCUAAAAAUGCGAGAGGCAGCCAUUACUAUUGAGAAAUGGUCACGACGAUUCCUUGCAAGAAAGCAGGCUGAACGAAGAUACAAAGCUGUAAAUAUCAUCAGAAGCUUCAUCAAAGGUUUCAUAACACGCAAUGGCCAAGUCACAGAUAUGAACAAAGCAUUCCUUGAAUUGGCCAAGGCACAGUAUCUGAUUCGGCUCUCUAAGAACCUCCCUACCAAGUUGCUGGACACAUCCUGGCCCUCUCAUCCUGUUGUGUGCAGAGAGGCAUCUGCCCUCUUACAUAAAUUGCACCAAAGUUGGCUCUCAAGGAAAUAUCGCUUGGCAUUAAGCCAGGAGCAGAAGAGGCAGUUUCAGCUCAAAGUUCUUGCAGAAUCAAUCUUCAAAGAUAAGAAGAAGUCAUACCCCCAAAGUGUUGGUCCACAAUUUGUGGACGACCGGCUCACUGAGGAACAGAAGGCCUUGCGACAGACUUUUCAGCAAAAUCACCUCAAUGGCGAUAAAAUACUAUAUUCAACUUCAGUCAUAAAGUAUGAUCGCCAUGGCUACAAGCCCAGGGAACGAGCACUUCUGCUUACUAACAAGCACUUAUAUAUACUAGAUGGUAAGACUUUCAAACUGAAGCACAACCUUCGGCUGGAAAUCCUGCAAGAAUUGGUGGUUACUACUGAAUCAGACAACCUUCUAUUGCUCAGGAUACCUACAGAAUACAAGAAGGACAAGGGGGAUUUAAUUCUGGAGGUGGAUCACAUAAUUGAAGCAAUCACCAAGAUUGUUGAUGUUACAAAGAAGUCACAGAGUGUAAAAAUCAUGGAACCUGGAACCAUCUCUCACAACCUGAUCGGUGGGAAGCAAGGAGUCAUUGACAUCACAACAGGAACAAAUCCUGUCAUUGCGAAGGGUAAAAGUGGGCACCUCCUUGUGGUUGCAACCCCAUGAAAAUCAGGUGAAUGAAUAAUGUUUGACAAUACUGCUGGUUUUCACAAUGAACUAUGUGACUGUCAUAAAUGGAGAUGAGAAGAAGUUAUUAAUAUUUAUAAUAAUUCUGGCCAGAUUCAGAACAUUAGUAAGUACUAAUUCAUAAUACAAUAAAUUACAUCUGUUAAAACAUGUCAGCCUAUAUUUGUGUGACCCAAAUUUCACAGAAUAAUCCCUUUUUAUGGCAAGAUAUUUCAAAGAUUACUUCUUAUUUCUGUGAUGUAAGAUGACAGUUCUAUUUGCAACAUUCCUUUUCCUACUUUUGUGCUCUUUUUUCUUCAGGUUUGUGUUUCAUAUGUUUAAUUUAUAUUGCAUUAUCUAAUAAAUAUUUGGUCCUUGCUGAAGUUCUGAAUUUUAGGCCAGUUUGCCAUGGAAAGGUCAGUGCCAUCAUAAAAUUGUAAUGCAGAUAGGAAGAUAAUUAUUUAACACAAUUUCCUGUUAUUAUCAGUACUUAAUUAAAUCACAGCUAUUGUUACAUCACAACUAUUGUAUUUAUAGACGUAAGAAGAAAUUCUUGUAUAUAUGUGAAAGAAUAAAAAGGACCAAGUAUGGAAAUA